GAUAAGCGUUCCCGCCCAAGCCCAGUCCCGGCAAUCCGACGAUCAAUCAAACUACGUCUCCAGUUUCACUCGCUGAUCCGAUGAGUAAGUCUGGUUCCGGGCAUCGAGAGGGUAUCAAUCGCACGUGGGUGCUGCGUAACUGUCGACGUCAGUUUUGCGAUAAGCGCUUCCUUUGUGUCAUGUUUCGAGGGAUGAAUUACGCGCGUGCGAUGGAGAUUGCAUCAUCCAGACGGCUAUUGACUGCUCCAUCACACACUACUAUAAGGCAAGUUCUCGAUGUUCGGAACUGCUGGCUAGACGACGAUUAUUUACUGCGAUCGGGAGUAACUCAAACCCUGUCAUCAAUUUCGCUUUUAGGGAUCAUGAUGAGAUGCAGGGUAUUGCCAUCGCCAACGGGGUCAUGCAGGCAGCCUUGACAAGAACAAGGUUGACGGAGAAGCUCCGGUGCUUGUGAAGGAAGCUCACGAUGUCGAUUGUAAGCUACAGUACGAUGCCGAUGGCCCUCGGAGUCAUGGGGGUUCUUUUGCCUGUCUCGAGUGCCGUGCCGGAUGUGACUGGCACGACUCGGCCGGUGUGAUAGCGUGAACGUGAAUGGUGCUUUACACUCUGUUUCAAGGUCUUGGCAAAGCACGUUGCGACUUUGAGGACCAAUCCAAUGAAGCCGUAACGGACGACAUCGAGAUGCUCAAGG